AUGCUUUAUUCCUUGCUUUUCAUACUCGUGUCAUUGCUCAGCCAGUCUUUCACUCUUGCUGCGGCCGUCCAAACUUCCUCUUUGGAUAGAUUGCAGACGGUGGAAGAUGAGUCAAACUCUGUUAUCUCCUUUUAUGCAACCUUGUCACCAACCUGCACCUCUGACCUCAACGAGCUAAAAGCUCAGUAUAACACCUUAUUCGAUGGUGACUACAGUUCCAAAUUUGACGAUAUUCUCGCUCUUUGCUACACCAUGAACUACGAGGCAAACCGGGAAAACAGUGAAGGAUUUGGCCUAUCAUACCCGGACAAAUUUGACAAGGUUAGGGAGAAUUGCUGUCACGAGGAAGCAAACUUCACUGUGACAGAAGCUUGGAGGAAUUUGAAGCUAUAUUGGAAAUAUCUUUUGUUUUCGGUGUCUUUUUGUUUACUUGUAGUUUUCAAAUCUACAUGGGUGCAGAUCAACUUGCGCAGUUCAAGCUUCGAGAACGAUCUUCAGAAUUCCGAAACAGGAAAGAAAGCCCCAUAUUUUUGA